UUUCGGAAAAAACGUGAUUUUCUCAGUCGUAUUAGCUGCGCGAAUGAGAUUGAGAAGAACACAGACUUACUGAGACACACAAGAAAUGAUUUCAAUUUCUUGUUACAUUAACAAUCCUUAAUCCCCCAUUAUAAAUAUCAACCAUUUACCUUCAAUGCGAAUGCAAUCAUCUUUUGGGUUCUCUUCUCAAGAGCAACCAGGAAAUUCUCUGUUUUUCCUUCUAUACUUAUACCUGUUUGGAUUACAAGAAAAUCUGAGUUAUUAAGAGAAGCAUCCGAGUGACUACUGUUAGAAAGUUACACAAUGACGAUUAAACCGGCAGUUCGGAUAUCUGACCGGAAACUAAUAGUGAAGGAUCGUACGAUCGUGAGCGGAGUACCGGACAAUGUGGUAUCGACGUCUGGUUCCUCGUCCAGUCCGGUGGAAGGGGUAUUUCUUGGAGCAGUUUUCAACGAAGAAAACAGCCGGCAAGUGGUGUCUUUGGGGACUUUACGGGAAGUCCGGUUCAUGGCCUGUUUCCGUUUCAAGCUGUACUGGAUGGCCCAGAAAAUGGGAGAUCACGGGAGGGAUAUUCCUCUCGAGACGCAAUUUUUGCUGGUCGAGACUAAGGAUGGUUCCCAACUCGAAUCCGACGACGGAAAUGAAGAGAAUCAGAUAAUUUACACGGUUUUUCUUCCUUUGAUUGAAGGAUGUUUUAGAGCUUGUUUGCAGGGGAACAUGAACGAUGAGCUCGAGCUUUGUUUGGAAAGUGGUGACUCUGAAACCAAAGCGGCGUCGUUUUCUCACUCUCUGUUCAUUCACGCUGGUACAGAUCCCUUUGGUACGAUCACUGAUGCUAUAAGACAGGUGAAGUUACAUUUAAAAACUUUCCGUCAACGGCACGAGAAAAAAUUGCCGGGGAUCGUCGACUAUUUCGGGUGGUGCACUUGGGAUGCAUUUUACCACGAAGUUACCCAAGAAGGAGUGGAGGCUGGGCUCGAUAGUUUGGCUGCCGGUGGGACACCUCCAAAGUUUGUGAUCAUCGACGAUGGGUGGCAAUCAGUUGGUAGUGACCCACCGGAGGAAACCGACGAGAACAAACAGCAACAGUUGCCCAGAUUGACUGGGAUCAAAGAAAAUUCGAAGUUCCAAAACAAAGAUGACCCAGUGGUUGGGAUAAAGAAUAUAGUAAACAGAGCAAAACAGAAGCACGGGUUGAAAUACGUAUACGUAUGGCACGCUAUUAUCGGAUACUGGGGUGGGGUCCGACCGGGAGUGAAGGAAAUGGAGGAAUACGGGUCGUUGAUGAAGUAUCCGAUGAUUUCAAGGGGAGUACUGGAAAAUGAUCCAACAUGGAAGACUGAUAUAAUGAAGGUGCAGGGAUUGGGGUUGAUGAAUCCUAAGAGUGUUCACAAAUUCUACAAUGAAUUGCAUAGUUAUCUGGCUUCUGCGGGCAUAGAUGGGGUUAAGGUGGACGUGCAGUGCAUAUUGGAGACACUGGGCGGCGGUUUGGGCGGAAGGGUGGAGUUGACUCGGCAGUAUCAUCAGGCUCUUGAUGCUUCCGUAGCUAGGAACUUCCCUGAUAAUGGCUGCAUUGCUUGUAUGAGUCAUAAUACUGAUGCAUUGUAUUGCUCGAAACAAACGGCUGUGGUGAGAGCAUCAGAUGAUUUCUUCCCCCGGGAGCCAGUCUCACACACGAUCCACAUAGCAGCAGUGGCAUACAACAGUGUUUUUCUUGGAGAAAUCAUGCAGCCUGAUUGGGAUAUGUUCCACUCCCUCCAUCCAGCUGCUGAAUAUCACGCAUCUGCCAGGGCCAUCAGCGGUGGCACUGUCUAUGUGAGUGAUGAGCCUGGGAAGCACGAUUUUAAGGUACUAAAGAAGCUGGUCCUGCCUGAUGGGUCUGUUCUUCGUGCCCGUUUGCCUGGCCGUCCUACUCGUGACUGUUUGUUCUCUGAUCCCUCACGAGAUUGUGUUAGCUUGUUGAAGAUAUGGAACAUGAACAAAUACACAGGAGUUCUAGGAGUUUACAAUUGCCAAGGUGCAGCCUGGAACAGUGUUGAAAGGAAGAAUACUUUCCAUGAAACCAUCUCUGGUGCUUUAACAGGAGCCAUCAAGGGCCGUGAUGUCCAUCUCAUUGCUGAAGCAGCCACAGAUUCUGAAUGGAACGGUGACUGUGCUGUCUACCUCCACCGGACUAGUGAAGUUACCAUUCUCCCUUAUAAUUCAGCAUUGCCAGUGUCACUCGAAGUCCUUGGGCAUGACAUGUUCACUGUGACACCCAUCAAGGUUUUAGCACCUGAGUUUAGCUUCGCACCUUUUGGGCUCAUUGACAUGUACAACGCUGGUGGAGCCAUCGAGGGGCUCAAGUAUGAACUGAAAGGAGGAGCAAGACUAUCAGAGCUUGAUGAAAACAUUGGCGUGAGUGACGCAAGGGUGGGUAAAAUUUGCAUGGAUGUUAAAGGGUGUGGCAAGUUUGGUGCUUAUUCAUCUGCUAGACCAAGGAGGUGCAUUGUGGACUCCAAUGUGGUUGAGUUUGUGUAUGAUUCUUCUGCUGGAUUGGUUACUUUUGGCUUGGAUAGCUUGCCUGAGGAGGGUAAACUUCAUGCUGUUGAGGUUGAGUUGUAGAUUAUUGUAUUAUUAUUAUGUUAGGUAGAUCAUGGAGGGUUGGAUGUGGGGAGAUGCUUGGCAAUUUGGGGAUUAUUAUGGAAUAAUUACCAUUCCCCCUUUCAAUUUUCCUUUCUCUUAUUUGCCUAAGAGUUCAUGUAAUGUAUUAUGUAUUAGUGGAAGGGCAUUAUCCAAUAAAGUUUCUUUUGUGGACUAGUUAUAAAUUACUGUAUUUGUAUUAUAAUCAUUUGGGUUUACCA